CCUGCGCAAAGUAACUUGGCAUUCAAACUUUGACGGCAGUGUUGCCUCAAUUUUCAAUUCAAAUAUCUUAUAUUUUUCUCCCUCUUUCAAAAGUUGGUGUUUUCGCUACAUAAUUUUAUCAGUUCGAUCGAAUGAUUUGUUUUGUAUUUUCGUGAACGCUUCAGUUGGCCUAACGUUUCAAUCGGACAUCGCCAUUAUUAGUACAAGUUUGAAUGCUUCGUUAUUUAUCGAACAUUUUUGCAUAAAAUUCACCAACAUCGCCACACGUUGGAUCAAACCGAGCUAAAAUAUGAGUUCGAACGAAGGAUUUUACGCUGUCGAGAAAAUCGUCGCUCAAAGGAAGCAAAAAGGUAAAACGCAGUAUCUCGUUAAAUGGGAAGGCUACGACGAUAAAGACAAUUCGUGGGUUCCGGCAAAAGAUUGUACAGAAACGUUGAUCGAAGAGUUUGAACAAACGAAUAAAGCAGCGACGCCGAGACGCAGUAAGUCAAUUACCAAGAAAAGACAAUCUAAAAGUGCUACUAAACGAAAAGCAUCGAGCACGACUCGUGAAGAAACCGAUACCGAUAGAACUGCGCAAAAUUCGUCUGUAAAUUUAAGCCAAGACGAAUCUCAAGUCGACGAGACUGAACCGAAGCAAGAUUCAGAUAAAAGUAAAGCGGACGAACAACAUCCUCCAGAUGAAGAUACCGAUGCCAAUGCAACUGCAGCAAAUUCGUCUGUAAAUUUAAGCCGCAUCGACUCCGAGGACGAAAUUGUACCGAAAAAAAGUAAACCGGACGAAACACAUCCAACUGAUGAAUCUUCUCGUACGAAUCACGAAGAACCGCUCUAUGUUGCUCGUAAAAGAGUCCCUUAUACAACUGAUGAGUUAUGGUCACCAGAUGUGAGUCAAGAUGAUUUGGACCCUAAUGAUGAUAGCGGUUCAUCUAGUGAUUGUGAUACGGUAGACGAUUUAAUAGCACAAAAACAUCCUGAAAAGGAUCUCGAAAUAAUCGGCGCGGCACCUCUAGCUAACGAACUUGGGUUGAAGCUUUGGGUUAAACUUAAGAAAAGCGGCAAAACAUUUUGGUUCGAUUCUAAAAAAUUUGGCGCUGCGUGGCCGCAGGUGUAUAUUGAUUAUUUAGAGAGACACAAGAAGUUGAAUCCAGCUCCAGAUGAGCUAUCGGUGAAAAAUCUGAAAAAAGUGUCACUCGGAUAAAGUUAAAAUAGGUACGUCGGCAUUUAUCGAGAAUUACGCCAGAAUCGUUUUCUAUUGUUGGUUCGAUUGUGAUAUGAAUAUUUUGUUGCAAUGCUGUCCUUUUAUCUACUAUCGUAUGUUAUGGUAUUGAAUUUUAAUGGUCGAAUAUCAAUAUUAAGUAUGUAUUUCGUUAUUUUUACUUCUAGAUAGGCAGGUAGUCGAUAAUACUUAUGAAUUUUAUGAUCAACAUUUUAAUUUUUCAUUGUGUUUAUAGUUUAAGAUGUUACUACUCGUUUAGUUGCUGAAAUGCUAAAUCAAUUUUGACAUUAAGUUUACGAUGAAAAGUUGUCUACGUUUCACGUUUCGAUUGGAUUGUUACUUGUCGAAUUCAUAAACCAAGUUUUUCAUUUGUUGAGUGAUUAACGUUAUUUUUUAAUCAAACGUUUGUAUUGAUAACAAUGUUCAAAAUUUAUAAUGGCAUUAUUUUUUUCACUUGUAAUAUCAGUUUGAAUUUUAAUUUGUUAACUAACGAUAUAUUUCUAUACCCAAUUAUACCAAAAUAAAGACAUUAGCAAAACUUUU